AUGUCAAUGUCACCUCCCGAAGGCUGUGGCACCAUCGACACUGACUAUUACCUGCUCUGUGAUGUACAGCAGGCCUGGGGGAUUGUUCUGGAGUCACUGGCUGCAGCUGGAGUCCUCGUUACCAUUUUCCUCAUCUGCUCUCUCUUCUUUCUCAUCUGUAAAGUCCAAGACAACAGCAAGCGGCACAUGAUCUCCAUCUAUUUCUUCUUUCUUUUAGGCACACUCGGCAUUUUUGGUCUCACUUUUGCCUUCAUCAUUAAACUCAAUGACAGAACUCGCCCCACUCGCUUCUUCCUAUUUGGAGUCCUCUUUGCUCUCUGCUUCUCAUGCCUCCUCACCCACGCCUGCAACCUCAACAAACUAGUGAGAGGAAGAAGGCCCUUCUCUUGGCUGGUGUUGCUGCUCCUCAUUGUUUCCUUUGCCCUGGUCCAAGCUGUGAUCAACAUUGAGUACUUAGUCACCAUGCUAGUAAACCAGAAAGACAGAUUUCUGAAUAUGUCUCGGGAGGAGACCAACAAGGACUUUGUCAUGCUUUUGAUCUACGUUCUCUUCUUGAUGGCUCUUACCUUCUUGGUUUCCAUGUUCACAUUCUGUGGGUCAUACAAAAGCUGGAAGAGGCACGGGGCCCAUAUCUUUGUCACUGUCCUGUUCUCCAUUGUCAUUUGGGUAGUGUGGAUAACUAUGCUCACAAAAGGCAACACAGUUUUAAACCACCCUAGCUGGGAUGAUCCUGUUGUGGCCAUUGCUCUGGUGUCCAAUGGAUGGAUCUUCCUAAUAGUGUAUAUCAUCCCUGAAAUUUGUUUUCUCACUGCCCCUCUGAAGCUGGAGGACUACCCUCCAGAAAAUGACUUCUGUCAACCGAAGUUCAUAAAGCAGACAACUGGAGUGGACAACCGUGCCUACACUCAAGAUGAAAUUGUGCAAGGAGACCUCAACUACUCCCCAUACGCUUCUCACUUUCAGAUGAAGACCAUUGAACCCCCGAAUGACUUCUCUAUCCCUCGGCCCAAGGCCCGGACAAGCCCAUAUCAUGACUACACUGGUGGGAAAGGCCCCAUGUAG